ACUGUUAAUUCGCUUCUUACAGACCACCGGAAAUGUUAACCGUCAUAAUAAACACACAUAACCUUAAUCCAAAAAGUCAAUGUUUUUAAAGUGUUUGUUUCUAAAAUGAGUAUUGUUUGCGUUCAGUUCGGUCAAUGCGGAAACCAAAUUGGCAAUUGUUUAUACGAAAAAAUCUACGAUGACCUAAAAUUAAAAGAAAAUAUCGGUUCUUAUUGUAAAAACUCCAUAAAUAAGUGGUUCCAUGUAAAUAAGCGCGGUAAAUGGGAACCUAGGUCAGUGCUGGUGGAUACGGAAUUAAAGACUGUGGAAGUGCUCUCCAAAUUACCAUUCCAGUUCAAGAAUGUUGCGUCGAGAAAUCUCGGUGGCAGCGCAAAUAAUUGGGCACAUGGAUAUAUGGUUAAUGGAAGGACAUUAAAAAGUCAGAUAUUGGAUGCUGUACGGUCAGAAAUAGAAAAAUGCGAUUAUUUAACGAGUAUACUAAAUAUAUUGAGUUCUUCCGGGGGUACAGGAUCUGGCUUGGGCAGUUAUAUUAUUGAGUGUUUGAGGAAUGAGUAUCCAACAAAGAACAUUACCAACACCAUUAUUUUACCUUACAUGAAAGGAGAAAUUGUGACUCAGAGUUACAAUAGUAUUUUAUCUCUAUCACAUCUGUAUGCUUUAGCAAACCACACAAUAUUGUUUCAGAAUGAAAGAAUGCACUAUUUGUGUAAUUAUUCACUUGACAUCAAAGAUGUGGGCCUGGAACAUAUUAACUGUUUAAUAUCUCAUCAGUUGGCUUCACUUUUUCAACCAAUUAAAGAUGUGAGCACAUGCGAUGUAUUAAAUGACCUAACAUCUCAUCCAAAAUACAAAUAUUUACAAGUGAAAACUGAGCCAAACUUUAGGAAAAACUAUUUAAUGUAUGAAGGGGACAGGGAAUGGAAACCUUUUAUUAACGCCUUAUCAAAACAGUCAAGGUUUGAGUACAAUCAACAAGAACAAUUCAAGAUACAAAUGAAGACAAAGUUUGUUGCCAGUGCUCUAAUAUCGCGAGGUCCAGAAACGAUUAAUGAAUCAUUGUUGGCUUCUUUGAAUGAUAAGAAAAUGUAUGUGUCUUGGGUGCCUCAGAGAGAAAGAUUCAAGAACUAUCAUGAAUUGAAAGGAUUUUUAAGUUUGGAUAAAUCACUGACUCAUGUGAUAAACAAUAAUAAUAUUUAUGUGCCAUUAAAUUGUAUUGUGGAAGAUGCCUGGAGACUGUUUACAAAUAAUGUGUAUGUGCAUCACUAUAAAAAACACGGAAUUGAUGAGGCAUUUUUUCUUAAUGCUUUUCAAACCAUGGAAAAUAUACUCAAUGAUUACAAAAAUUUGUGAUGUUUUAAAUUAUAAUGUGUUUUAAGCUCAAAACUUUUUUUAAUUAAAUAAAUAUGUUUAUAAAAAUGA